AUGCCUGAGCACCACACACUAGAGGGCGGCUGCCUCUGCGGCAAGAUCCGGUACAGACUUGCCGCCAAUGAGUCCAUAUACAACGUAAUGUGUCACUGCUUCAACUGCAAGAAAUCAAGCGGCACGCACAUGGUCAACUCGAGCAUCUUCCCAAAACAUCUCUUCACCCUGAUCUCAGGUACACCAAAGACCUUCCAGGACACACAUACCGACUCCGGCCAGCCUCUGUACCGAAACUUUUGCGGCGAUUGCGGCAGUCCGACGCACAUCACCACACCUGCUGUAGACGAGAUCGUUGCUGUCCUGAGUGGCACUCUGGACAACGGGACUGAGUGGUGGAAGCCCAACAAGGAGCAGUAUAUUGAAACUAAGUCACACUGGCUUCCUGACUUGUCUGUGUCCAAGAAGGACGGCGUCAUCGAGAGGCACGACAGAGGACCCUUGAACGAGCAGAGUUAUGGAACUUGA